UGCUCUGUGGGCCCACAUCCGGUUACAUCUGCUCUCUACCAUGAUCUCAGGCAGUCUCCAGUUCUGGUAAACAAUCCUGCAGUCGGAGUCUCUAUCAGCGUUCAUUAAUAUAUAUAUAUAUCUAUCAUAUAUUAGAAUAUAACCCGUUUCUCUCAGGAGAAGAAGAGACGAGAUGAGCUUUAGAACAAUUCCACCUCUUCACCCGGCUGCUAGCUGCUUCAUGCUAGGUGGCUAAUGCUAGUCGGUGUACAUCAACAAACCGUAGAACAACGAGGAGCAGAAACACCGGAGACACAGAAGGAGCACUGAGAGCAACAUGGAGAACAAAGAGACCCCCAGAACUCCGGCGCCUGUGACAAGAGACACCAACCCUGAUGGUCCCAUUGAAAUGGAGAACGUUGACACCAGGAAUGCUGGGCCCUCUAACAAACCCAACAUCAACAGAGAGGAGCAAUUUGGGAUGAAGUGUCUUGCCCAGGAACACAACGACAUGCUGACUGCAGUGGGACUCGAACUUGCUAUCCCCUGGUUCGAAGAUCAGUGCACUAACCCACUGCGCCACACGCCUCCCCGACAGCACAACAGCCUUAUGCUGGGAAUAAAGGACACAAAUCUAGAGGAACCCGAUGAACUGUACGAUUCCAGCAGUGAUAUCUCUGGGAGUGGGGAUGAGUUUGACAGUGAUUCCAGCCUCACAAAAACCCUGGAAAAUAUAUUUUUUUCAAUUAAUAGUGAUAGUACACCACCAGACUCGGGACCACCAGGAGCAGAAGAACCCUGCACAGAUGCCAUGACAAAAAGUGAUGGUGAUACUCGCUAUCAAACAGGAAGGAAACGGCAGUCUUGUCACCAGAUGACAUUUGGAGACAGUGGAGAAAAAGAACAAUGUUCAAGUCAGGACACGCAUGAGAGCAUUGUUGUUGCUGCUUCCCAAAAAAAAGACGGUAUUAGAGUCUACAACAAGAGACAGUAUUGCCUUUAUUGUAGUAGGCCUUGUGCGAAAAUGGCAAGGCAUCUAGAAAAAGUCCAUGAAGACAAAGCAGAUGUAGCUAAAGCCCUUAGCUUUCCAAAGAGGUCAAAGGAGAGAAGACAUCAAUUGGAUUACAUCCGCAACAGAGGCAACUAUGCUCACAAUGCUGCCGUCAUGGAGUCUGGGAAUGGGGAACUAGUACCGUUUAAAAGACCGACUCAACAGGCAAAGGGGAAUGAGUUUAUUCCAUGCGAAUAUUGCCUAGGCCUUUUCAACAGAAAGGUCUUGUGGCGACACAUACGCACAUGCAAACGCAAACCGGUUGCCCAGAAACCUGGAGAGAAUCGCGUCCAGUCAAUAUGUACAUACACAGGGCCUGUGCCUGCACAGGUUCCAGAUGCCAUAACAGAAAGGGAUGGUGAUACUCACUAUCAAACAGGAAGGAAACGGCAGUCUCCGGCUGAUUCAUUGAAUGUCCCAGCCUGCGAUUACACAGUGCCCGACCAGAUGACAUUUGGAGACAGUGGAGAAAAAGAACAAUGUUCAAGUCAGGAGGACACGCAUGAGAGCAUUGUUGUUGGUGCCUCCCAAAAAAAAAAUGGUAUUAGAGUCUACAACAAGAGACACUAUUGCCUUUAUUGUAGUAGACCUUGUGCGAAAAUGGCAAGGCAUCUAGAAAAAGCCCAUGAAGACAAAGCAGAUGUAGCUAAAGCCCUUAGCUUUCCAAAGAGGUCAAAGGAGAGAAGACAUCAAUUGGAUUACAUCCGCAACAGAGGCAACUAUGCUCACAAUGCUGUCGUCAUGGAGUCUGGGAAUGGGGAACUAGUACCGUUUAAAAGACCGACUCAACAGGCAAAGGGGAAUGAGUUUAUUCCUUGCAAAUAUUGCCUAGGCCUUUUCAACAGAAAGGUCUUGUGGCGACACAUACGCACAUGCACACGCAAACCCAAAUCGGUUGCCCACAAACCUGGAAAGAAUCGCGUCCAGUCAAUAUGUACAUACACAGGGCCUGUGCCUGCACAGAUUUCAAAACAAUUGUGGGGAGUGAUUUGUUCAAUGAAUGCUGAUCCCAUCACAAAUAUCAUUAAAAGUGACCAUGUCAUCACUGAUCUUGGGCAGGACUUGUUGAACAAAGGUGGUAAUUCCACCAAAAACCAACACAAUGUAAGGGAGAAGAUGAGAGAAUUGGGACGGUUAAUUCACAAUGGCAGAAAGGUCACCAGUCUAAAAAAACUGGAGGAUUUCAUUAAUCCUAAGAAGUACUUGGAGAUGGUCAGAGCUGUUAAAGUCACUUGUGGCUAUGAUAGUGGAACUGCAACAUUUCAGAUUCCAUCCCUUGCAAACAAACUUGGUCAUGCGCUGGUCAAGGUCAGCAAACUGUUGAAAGUUCAGGGGUUAAUAACUAACAAUCAUGAACUUGUGAGAAAGGCCACAGAAUUUCAACAAGUUCACAGUGAGAAAUGGAACGAGAUGAUUUCUUCAACGGCUUUAAGGAACAUUGCUGAAUCGAAAUGGCAUGUUCCCACUCUUAUGCCAUUCACUGAGGAUGUUCAAAAAAUGCAUCAGUUUCUCAGUGCGAUGCAAGAUGAGUGCAGCAGUAAACUAUCUGGAACACCUUCUACAAAGUCCUGGACGGAACUGGCAAAGGUGUGUUUAGCACAGAUUAUCCUCUUCAAUCGACGCAGGGAAGGAGAAGUAGCAAGCAUGCCGCUGACUGCAUUUCUGUCAAGGGACACUUCUGAUCCCCACGAGGAUGUGGACUGGGCACUCUCUGAAGUGGAAAAAAAACUGUGCAGACAUUUCUCAAGGAUUGUCAUCAGGGGAAAGCGAGGCAGACCAGUUCCAAUUCUUCUGACUCCGAAAAUGCUGUGCGCAUUAGAACUCCUAGUGAAGUAUAGAGAGGAUUGUGGGGUUCUAAAAGACAAUGCAUAUAUGUUUGCAAGACCUACAGCUAUGACACAUUUCUGUGGUUCAGACUGCAUACGUGGCUUUGCAAAAACAUGUGGUGCUAAGUGUCCAAAGUCACUGACAUCGACCAGACUCAGAAAGCAUGCUGCAAUCCUUUCCCCCGUGCUGAACAUGACGGACACAGAAAUGGACCAGCUGGCCAACUUUCUUGGUCACGAUAUUAGAAUUCCUCGUGAAUUCUAUCGAUUACCGGAGAAGACGCUUCAACUUGCCAAGAUCAGCAAAAUUCUAAUGGCACUUGAGCAAGGGAGAUUAGCAGAGUUUCAUGGAAAGAACUUGGAUGAAAUCACAAUAGGGCCAGAUGAAAGAGUUCUCGGUAGUGAUGAUGAUGAAGAAGAAGAAGGGAACGGGAAAAUAGAGGAAGGAAACUAUGCUUCUGCCGUUGAUGAGGAGACUAUUCUACCUACUGAGGGGAAUACAAUCCCACAGAACAUGAAGGGACCCAGAUUGCCAACAGCAGAGGGACAGGAAUCGUCUGAAGUCCAUGCUGUAAGACAUGCUUCAAAAGGUAAAGCUGCUCAGAAAAGAGUGCCCUGGACAAACACAGAGACCCAGGCAGUUCAUAGACACAUGAGUCGAUUUAUUACUUCUUGUCUUGUGCCAGGGAAGAGCGACUGCGAAAAAUGUUUAAAGGCAGAACCAAUAGCUCUUCAACAUCGGGAUUGGCAGACCUUAAAGUUUUAUGUUCACAACCGUAUCACAGCAUACAAAAGACAAAUUCAGCGAAAAUAGGAAGGCUGUAUGAUGGACUCAAUUUUGUCCCGACUUUCCUUUUUGUUAAAAAAUAAAUGUUGCCAAGAUUUGUUUAAAGACUCACACUUUUUAUUUGUAUACUUGAAAUGUGAGAUCUAAGGAUUAUUGUUAUUAUUAUUUCAAUAUUUUGGGAAGUUUACUGGACCACAUUACCAGAAGCAACCCAGGCAUGUUGUGAACUCCUCCGCUGUGGAUGCAAAAAGGGGUGCAAAUGUGUCAAGGCAGCAAUUCAGUGCACUGCCCUUUGCCACUGUGGUGGACUGUUUUUUCAGAACUAACUGCAUUUAGUUGAAAACCUGUAAUAUUACAUAUAUAUUAUGUAACAUGUAUUACUUCACCAAAAUAAAUAUGUUAAUGCUUUUACUGUGCAUUUUGUUCCCUCAAUACCAGAUACAUGUAGUUAGCUACAUUCUAGCGUGUUGUAAAUAGUACCAGUGCAUUGCUCAUCCUUGAAAGAUUAGCCACCAGAAUCAAGAUCCUAGCCUAGGUGGUCUAGAUGCUAAGCUACUGGUAAAAAUAAUAACCAUUGUUCAAAUAUGCGAUGGCCCUAUAGCCAAACAUCUUCCUUAAGGCAUGCUCUAACAGUGUGCCAAAGUUCAUGUUUUUAUUAUAAGCAAAAGAAAAAGUGCAUGUUUUUUUCCAUCAGAUGCUGAAAAUAAAUGUGUUUAUAUAUAGCU